ACAAUCAAACCGUUCACCUUCACUUUUUGCGUGUGUCAAAGAUACCUAGGUCAGGUCUCCCAGGAGCUUCAAUUCCCACCCAUAAUGGCGCCAAUCGAUCGCUGCCUGGCCUCAAUGGCCAGGCUGUCACUCCUGCAGACCCCCCGACCGGCCAUUCCCUCGAUACCCCGAUUCCUCGCCCCGGCCGCCGUGCAGACCCGUCAGGCGUCAGUUGUGCGCAUCAAGAAGGCCAAGAAGAAGAGGACGAUUCCCAAGGACUUCAAGCGAUUCAACCUGAGCAAACGGGAUUUCCCCCAGUUCUCCCUAUGCGAGGCUAUGAGAGUCCUCCGUGCUGUUGAAGUCGGCCAACCUCCCGCUUCCGUCAAGUACGAGGUACACGUCAACCUCAAGACUGCCCGAAACGGUCCCGUCAUCCGCAACAGCGUCCGCCUACCGCACCCGGUGCAGAGUGACUGGCAGAUCGCCGUCGUGUGCCCCGAGGGCAGCGAGAUUGCUCAACAGGCCACGGCCGCCGGUGCUGUCGCUGUCGGCGAGGAGACGCUCUUCGAAGCCAUUCGCCAGGAAAAUAUCAACUUCGACCGCCUCAUCUGCCACGAGGCCAGCGAGAAAGCCCUGAACAAGGCCGGCCUCGGCAAGAUUCUUGGCCCCAAAGGCCUCAUGCCUAGCAAGCGCACGCGCACCGUCGUCCCCGACGUCGUCAGAUCGAUGCGUGACUCGGCCGGUGCUGCCGACUACCGUGAGCGCCAGGGCGUUAUCCGAAUGGCCAUCGGCCAGCUGGGUUACACUCCCGAUCAGCUCAAGGCCAACAUCAAGGUGCUGUUGACCAAGAUCAAGUCCGAGGCGUCGGAGAUCUCAGAGGAGGUGUCUAAGGAGGUGCAUGAAGUGAUCCUGAGCACGACACACGGUCCGGGAUUGAGCUUGAACGGGAAGUUGCGGGAUGCCGACGAGGACUUGACCCCUGCGGCGUUGUCGAGCGUCAUGUAAAAACACAUAGCGAAUCUUGAAUGCGGGGGUUUGUAUCAUUGUACCAUAUGUCACAUUAUCGAAUAGACGACCCGUGAACAGGAGCUU